AUGUCGGACGAAGAGAAAGCGUUCAUACUGUCUCGCCCCCACAAAUCAACUGCGGUGCCGUGGUACAAGCGCCCCGUGGUCGUCGGCGUGACCGCGUUAGUCGUCGGCGUCGGCGUGGGUCUCGCCCUCGGUCGCGGCGAUGGCGAUGGCGCGGUCGUGGACUUGGGAUGCGACGACGGGCCGAAGUGCGUGUGCGCGGAACAGAGCGCGACGAGUACUGUGGUGUCGGUGCCACAACACCGUCACGCUCCGGCAACGUCGGGCAAGAUCGACGUCGUCGCCCCGGAAUCCAACACCAAAGUGAAGAUGUUGAAGCAAAUCAAACCGCCGCUGACGGCGGAAGAAGCCGCGGCGUACGCGAAAGUGCGCGGUAAUCAUCCGAAUAUAGUGAAUGGUUUCAUUGACCCGAAAAUGAGCGCGUUUGAAACGCCGGCUGGGGUCGGUAACGCUGAUUCCCCCGGAGCGUGCCGAGAGUACGCGGACAACGCAAAGGAACACUACGUGGCGUGGGCGUGGGUGAAUUCGUACUCGGACAUCGAGCGGUUGCGAAACUCGUGUCUGAUGUAUCGCGAAGUAGUGCCCUUUGAGGGGUACCCGGGAGAUCACGCGCACAUCAUGGGCUGCACGAGCUUCGAUGUAUCUCCAGCGAACGGAUGCAAGCUUGAGAGCACGGCGAUGGCGGCGACGGGUGAGCCCGCGGCCAAGCACGAGGUAGCUACCGCAGUGUCCGAGCCGGGGGUGCCGAAGACGGAGGAGGUGGAAGCUGUAGUUGAGCCCGCACCGCAAGUGCGGAAGACUCGCCCGAACAUCGUUCGCGGUAUGCUUGGUUUGAAUGUUGCUUACGAAACGCCGCUCGGUAGAGGGCAAUCGACGAGCGGUCCGGGCGAAUGCAGAGAUUUCGCCGCUGAGCACAAUUAUGUGGCUUUCGCUUACGCUAACUCGGAAGCGAAUGAUCUCUCAUUGCGAUCGACAUGCUUGUUCUACAAAGAAAUCGUGCCAUUUGCUGGCUACGAGGAGCCGACGCUCAUCACUGGGUGCACCGCUUCCGAUGUCUCGCCGUUGCAUGCGUGCGCGGACGAAAACGCGACGAGCGCAAUCCCCGCCCCAGAACCAGAGGUCUCAACGACACCGGCCAAGGUGGCUGAGCCGGUACAAGAACCUGUUAAUCAGCCCUCGGAUGUGCGGUCGCCAGUACCGACCAACCCAGAACCCGUGGCGCAUCAGGAAUCCGACGAGGUGCUCGUCCCUGACGAGAGCUCAUCCAACCCCAACAUCGUGCACGGCUUAAUCGGACUGGACCAGGCAGAUUUUGCGACCCCGCUCGGUACUGCGAUGCGCGCGAAGCGGCGAGAAUCUGGCUCGAACGUUCUCGAGUCGCCCGCCUUCGUCGACUUCAUCGCGCGCCUACGCGACAACACACUCGCGUGUGACGCCGGAGGUAAGGUCUUGAGGUUGAAGCGAUACGUCCCUAGCACGGCUAAGCCGGUAGUGAUCGAUGCGGUGCUCGAGGCGCUGAAGGAAAACACGAAAAUCGAAGCGCUGUACUUGCAAAACUUCGAAGACGGGGUGUACGACGAGCAGUUGAUGCUGCUCCUCGACGUGUUGCGACGGAAACGUAUUUGGUGCUUAAAUGUGGGUGAGAAUUUUAGAACGACGUUGAAAGGCUGGAAGCAAUUCGCCGAAGGAUUGGAGGACACUGCAGUCGCGUAUAUGUACGCGAGCGAGCACCAUUUUAUUGGAACGGAUUUGAAGACUCGAAUGCGCGAUAUUAUUCGCGUCAAUCGCAACGCAAACGAGGUUCCGCGAUCGUUGAGCGUGAUUCGAGAGUGUAAAAAUAUGUGGUUCAAUCCAAAACUUCCAUCUUGGGCCAAAGGGUUGUCUAGAAAAUCGGUGGAUGAGGAUGAAAAAGUGCGCGAGGCAAAGCGACUCGGCGCCGGCAAGCAGCAGUUGGAGACGUUUUUGCGCGACUCGCGAAGUAUUUGCAGAGGGCCGUCGAAGCGAACUAUUGUGCAAACAGAGGAAAGUUUGAUGUAUCGUGCGUCCCUGAAGGCACAGACAAAGCGUGCGAUGGCGAAAGAAGAGUCAAAGCCACGCAACAUCACCACAAAUAGGCGGAAGAGACGGCAGCGGGGCGACGUAAAUCACUCCAGAGCUCAAGAGGAAUUAGUUCUGUCCAAACCGACGAUUAGCAGUAGCGGAAGAAAAAUUAGACGUAUCCAAAGGGAUUGA